AGUAAUGCCACUCCUUUCCCAGGGCACAGCAGGGAUGGUUGAGGAGUGGAAGCAGGGAAACUCAAUGAAACCCAAUAACAUUUUAAUGUUUUACAGCCCUUUCAACAUUGACUCUGGUUUUGUUCGGAAGGAUUUCAGAGAUUAGACAGUGUUGUUUUUUUUUUGUGGUGUGUUAAACUUUGCUUUUUGUUCAGAUUUCACAACCUGGCGGCAGCAACUCAACUUCCCAUUAGGACUUAUUUUUAGGACUUAAGACGUAUUUUUGGUGACCCACAUAUCCAAUGAAGAUGUGGUCUAUGAAGGUCAUCAUCCUCCUCCUGUUCUGCUACGCUUCUCUUUCAACUGGCAACAGGAAAGUGUAUUUUGUCUCCAAGAACUUUAACAACGUACUCCACUGGGACGCUGUGGAGUCUGGGGCAAAUGUCACCUAUAGCGUCCAGUACUUGAGUGAUGCUAAGGAGCAGCCAUUCCAGAUAAAAAAGGAGUGUCAGAACAUUACUGCUCUGUCCUGUGACCUGACUGCAGAAACCCCAUCAGCCCAUGACGUUAACUACUAUGCUCAGGUGUUCGUUAAUGGAAGCAUUCAUGGCAAAACCAUCAGAUUUAACCCUUUAGCAGACACUAUUCUUGGCCCACCUAUCUUGUCUACAUACGCAACAGUUUCAUCCUUGCAUGUGGAUGCCACUCUACCCGUGGGGCCAAAUGGAGUAGCAAUUGAGGACAUCAUUAACAAAAGCAAACAUGGGCCCUCAACAACCGUCGUUGUUUACACCUUAAAAAUCACACAACCAAAGUGGGCCGCACAGCACAAUGAAAGCACAACUGGCCGGUUCGUUAUCAACUUGAAGAACAGCCAAACAGAGUACUGUGGCUACGUGGUCUACAAGCCUUUUUCUCGUUGGGGUCGCUCAGAGAGUGAGAAAGCCACCUUCUGUGCCACACUGCCAGGUGAUCCUCUGAUGCUUUUGCCAUGGAUUCUGAUAAGUGGUGCACUUCUGGUGGCCAUAGUCAUAAUGUCAGCAUUGUGUAUAUGCAACUAUGUGAAGGGUGGAAAGGAAAAGAGCAUGCCACAGCCAUUGCAGGUACCCACUUCCAGCACCUCACUCGGAGUACUGCAGCCUCUAGAUGGAAAUCUCAUCAUUUCCAAACCGGUAUUCUGCACUCAAGAUGACCACCAAACAGUUUACGCAAAGAUCCAAAUGAAGCCAAAUGCGCCCUCAGUUGGGGUUGGAGGUUAUUCUCCCCAGGACAUCCCCUGCCAAGCCUGGCAAGGCAGCACUGGCUCCUCUGUGGGCACAGACACACACAGUCUGACCGCAAAUGCUGAGGACACGAGCGCCCAGUCCUCCGAAAUCUACAGUGUAGUGGCUGUCCAUGUCCCUGUUGUACAGAAAUAUUUCCAGCAGGCUAUCACUAAAGACAAAGAAACCUGCAACCUUCCAUUGUCUUCCAGUGGGAAAAGCUGGGAUGAAGGUGCAAUAAGUCCAAAGCUGACCUUAUUACAACCAUUACAGGAUGUGGACCAUUGUGACAGCAAUCCAGACAGGCCACUGCUGUUGCGCACAGUGCGUGAUCCCAACGGACAACUCAUGUUGCCUUUACUCACUUCUCAGUUAGAGAACGACACAGGUGACACACAGACUGACCGCAUAGACUCCAAGAGGGAAAGGCCAUCGUUAGCAUCCUUGCAGAGCUUAGAUGGCUCAGAGUGGUCAGACUCUGGGUGUGAUGAUAGCACUCUAAACACACCAACCCAUCCAUACUGCAACACCCAUUAUUCCCCAACCCAACCAGUUGUUCCUGAUUUCGACAAGGGAUGUCAGAUACCAUCUAGUGAUGCAAUAUUUGAAUCAGGUUACAAACAAAACUGGAUGCCUGAAAUCCUUCUUGGCACUGCAUCCAAAGACAGUUGUGAAUACAGAAGGACAAACUAUCCUUGGACCUGGUCUGGUCCCAAAAAGGAGGAAGAUGAUGACAGAGGAGGAGAGGAGAGCUCAAGGGAAAUACUUCUGGGAAGUUGGGUGGUUAAAAUUCAAGAAUAAUUCUCUCUAAUCUUUAAGACCUAAAACUGUCCUCAAACAAUAUUAAAGAUGUUUCAUUGCAAAAUGGGGGAGGAGGAAGUUAAUGGGGGCACUGCGAGGUGCUUAAGUGACAAUACCCAGGUAGAUGAAUGGCUUUGCUGUCUGCUAUGUGGCUGAUGAUGCAGAGACAGGUGUUUAAACUCACCUUAAACAUCCAAAUUUAUCCUGAAUUGAGUCUUUUUUAAUAACCACAUUUAAUUCCUAGAUGUGAUAUACGAUGCUUUGCUUGUAAAUCUGUUUUUAUUUAUUAAUCCACAAUUGUAAAAAGCUAUUUGUGUAAUGUCAACUCGUACAUUUGAAGAAAUAUAUUUGUAAUGUCCUUGUUUACUUUGUCAAGUUAUUGUUUAAGAAAAUAUCCACAUUUUUUCAAACAGAAUGUAUUUCAAAUAGGAUCAAAUGUGAAAGCUAAACCCAUGGGGAAUGUCUUUCACAACUGAUAUAAUCUAUUCUGGACUUAAGCUCUCCAUUCAAAUGUAUCAUAGGCAGCAAACAACUAAUAUACAAAGUUCAAACUGUCCGUUAAUCAUAAUACUUCAGUAUAUCUCAGUAUAUUCCACAUCAACAAUAAUAUUUUUUACAUUGUGUUACAUUGUGGAUUGUGUAAAGUUAUGUUUAGCUAAAAUCUGAUAUAAAUGAAAAAAAAAACAUGAUCACAUAUAUAAUAUUUAUACAUAUAUAUAUAUAUAUAUAUGGUAGGUAUAAGUGGUUUGAAACACAGUUUACAUUACUUUUCCAAGUCCAGUUAUACUGCAGCUGGACAAAUAAAGGGUCUUCAUGCUUUCUCUACGAAACAAGCAGAAUAAACAACAACCGAAACAGUCACAGACUGUCAGCAAGUGCAUUUGUGUGCCAUCACUAUGACAACACGUUAUUACAACUUAUUACACUCUCUAAAUACACAGACCCAAUCUGGUCAUUUUUAAUUUACUAUGUGGACAGUCAGCCUUAAAGAUUAGAUAUGAAAACCUUGUGGCUGAACAAAACCUUAGACACAGUUUACUGUCACAUAGUGAGUGAGCUGCUUGAAAUGGGACAAAAAUGACUGAAUUUCUUCUAUUUCUUUAAGGGAAAAAAAUCCUAUUUUUUGCUCUCACCAAGAUAUUUCAGCAUCAUCUGUGUUGUCUGAAAUGCGAUUGCAUCUGCGCAUAAAAAGAAAUGUGAGGUUUUAUAUUAUUCUGACUCACAAAGUUCAUGAACUCAUUUUGUUCUCCUCAUUGUUUGCUGUUCUUCCUGGGGAAGAAAAUACAGUGUGUAAAAAUAUAUUAGGUGGGGUCAUGGUGCAACCUAAGCCACGCUGAUAACAGCUAGUUAUUUAAUAGCCUGGGCGAAAUCUUUCAUACACAGUUGUAAAGUAAUGAUGUCUGGUGUGUUGAAACAGUGCAAUGUGAGUCACAUAUGGACACACUGUACAGCACAAUACAGAUGUAUUGUACUAUAUUGUAGUACCUGCCAAAUGAAUGUAAUAUAAAUUAACAACUUUGUUUUAUCUUAAAUUAUAGAUUGUGAAACUAAAUAUUUAUGUUGGAAAGUUCAUGUUGGAAAGGUUGAGUUGUAUUCCAAGAUAGUAUAUUAAACAUGUAUUUGAUACCAACAUAGUCACUUUUGGGUUAUAUUACUGAAAUUAUGAAAAAAUAUUAUUAAAGUACCAUUUCUUUAAAGCUGACAUUUUGUAACUACCGCAA